GUGUCGCGCGCUGCAUUGUGGGGACGAGGAGCCCUCGUGAGAGAACGCACGGAGAAGGAGGGAAAAUGUCCGUUUCUCAGGAACUAUGCAAAUCCAAGAGCAAGCAAACGACAACGUAUUGCUGCUUCAACCUUUAGCUCCUCCACGGCACUCCGGCAGUCUUUUGGUGCAGAAAUUCGGUCCGGAGUAGCUUCGCAACUCGUCGCAGGGCCUCUAGUGAUUUCAACCUCUGUAUGAAUACUUUUUCCCACAAGCACUUUCGAAUCCUCUAAGGCUCUUUAGAAUAAGAAAUAACCAUAUAUUGUUUGUUUAAGAUGCCCUCUUGUUCAACUGCACAGUCAACAAAUGUUGGUUGUGCCAAGGAUUGGAGUAUGUUGCAUUCUACUGAUAGCCAUGAAAGAAUUUUGAAACCUGAGGAGGCACAAACUGAGGAGGAAGAGGAGGAAGGAGACGAGGAAGAUGCAGAUUUCAAUCCUUUUGUAAAGGAAACCCCAUCACAAGAAGCAUCUUCAAGUUUGAGCUCAGAGGUUGAUGGUGUGGAUGGUGAUGCUGUCAACAGCAUUUUACCUGUGGAUAUGAAUUUAUCGAAACUAACCACUACAGAGCAAAUAUGUGCUGUUGAAGAUUGUGACCAUGGCGAGGAGGAAAUUGCAAUGCAUUCAUCACUUUCUGAGGAUGGGACAUGUGAACAAGAAUUGCAAAAGAAUGCUACUUGCAGUUCUAAAAACAGAAAACCAGCUUCGAAUUCUGAAUCAGAAACUAAUCAAGAGAAGGACAAUGGCUUAAGUAGUAAGACUGAUGAUUAUGCAUUGAAGAUUGGAGAAUUAAAUAAUGCAACAAAACCCCAGAGUCUAGUAGUAGAAACAGACGAUAAUGACGCCAUCUGUACUCGCACUAGAGCCCGCUAUUCGCUUGCAAGUUUCAGUCUUGAUGAACUCGAGACUUUCCUUCAAGAGAGUGAUGAUGAUGAUGACCUUCAAAAUGUUGAUGAUGAAGAAGAGUAUAGGAAAUUUCUUGCAGCUGUGUUACAAGGUGGAGAUGUUGAAGGUCCAUCCCCUCAUGAAAAUGAAAAUGUUGAUGAUGAAGAUGAGGAUAAUGAUGCAGACUUUGAGAUCGAGCUUGAAGAAUUACUAGAGAGUGAUAUUGAUGAAAAUGAAGCAGUGAAAACCCAGAAAGAGCAUGAAGGAGCUGCACGACGACCUGAGACUAGGCAAAAUCGGCGCCAGAAGUCUUCUUCUCAUUGUGAUAAGAAGACUUUAGGACUGGCUAAGAAGCCAUUGCGGCCCAUUUUGCCAAAUUUGUCUAAUGGGCCGCUUGCUUCAGGGAAAGUUCUGAUGCCCGAUGUUACUUUGAGCUUUCAGUCUUCUGCUUCAGGAAAUGGUCUUGUAAAUGGGUUUACCCCUCAACAGAUUGGUCAAUUGCACAUUUUGAUUCACGAGCAUGUGCAGCUUCUUAUUCAGGUAUUUUCAUUGUCAGUUUUUGAUCCUUCACGGCAGCAGAUUGCUUCUCAGGUUCAAGAUUUGCUUUUUGAGUUGCUUCACAAUCUCGACAAAAUAGUAUCUUCGAAAAGUGUGCCAUAUCCUAGCAUUUGCUUUUAUCCAUCAAAUGUUUCCUCAUUAGUCGCCAAUGGAGGUCAGCAUGACAUAGAAUCUUCUGGUACAUAUGGUGCACAGAGAAUGUUUCUUUCCCAAUCAAAUGAGCGUUCUUCUGAAGGAAGAUGUGGAUUCAAUUCGAGCAGGUCAAAUUCUUCUCAAGACACUGAGGGUUCUUUACAGUUAUCUUCUGUCAGAGGCCCUAUAAUAUCUAUUCUUGAUGUUGCUCCACUUAAUUUAGUUGGGAAAUUUGUAGAUGAUGUUCAUUAUGGCAUUGGAUUGCAAUUUUGCAGCUAUUCAAGAGUGUCGGACCGUUACUUGAAAUCUGGAUGUGAUAUGCAUGCCGAGAAGGAACCUCUCUUUCCUUGUUUUCCAUCAUUAACCAGUGCUACUAAUGAAGUUUCAAGUGGAACACCCUUUGCAGCUGUUAAUGUGGUCUCAACUUCACCUGGUCAGCAACAGCCUAAGAAAACAUUGGCUGCCAUGCUUGUUGAAAGUACAAUGAAGCAAUCAAUCGCUUUAGUACCUAAGGAAAUUGCUGGGUUAGCUCGAAGAUUUCUGCCUAUGUUCAAUCCGGCAUUAUUUCCACAUAAGCCACCCCCACCAGCUGUUGUAAAUAGGGUGCUGUUCACUGAUUCAGAGGAUGAAUUACUGGCCUUAGGGUUAUUAGAAUAUAAUACAGAUUGGAAAGCAAUUCAACAACGUUUUCUUCCCUCCAAGUCUAAGCAUCAGAUUUUUGUCAGGCAGAAAAACCGCUGCUCUUCUAAAGCUCCAGAUAAUCCUAUAAAGGCAGUAAGGCGAAUGAAAACUUCUCCAUUAACUGCAGAGGAGAUAGCACGUAUUCAUGAGGGACUUAAGGUUUGUAAAUUUGAUUGGAUGUCAGUAUGGCAAUAUCUUGUUCCACAUAGAGAUCCAUCCUUGCUUCCACGUCAGUGGCGUAUUGCACUUGGGACUCAAAAGUCAUAUAAGCUAGAUGCAGCCAAAAAGGAGAAGCGAAGAUUGUAUGAGUCAAAAAGAAGAAAGUUGAAAGCUGCUUCUUUGGAGAGUUGGCAAGCCGUAUCUGAUAAAGAGGGUUGUGAGGAUGAAGCUGCUGGCACAGAGAAUUGGAUGGAUGAUUCAGAUGUUGCUUAUGUCCAUCAGGCAUUUUUGGCAGAUUGGAGGCCGGAGACAUCCAUUGUUACUUGUCCUGAACGCUCGCCUGCAAAAGACAGAGAAGUGAACCUUGUCAAUGAUGCUAUGUCACAAGAGGCUUCUCAAAACUACAACUGUGAACAAACUCAAAACAGUUUGUGUGAAAAAGCUGGACCUAAGAUUGGUGAUAGGGAUGCAUUUCCUUUUGUAUCUAAGCUUCCACAAUGUCAAAUUUCAUCUGACUUGAGGGGUGGUUUUCCUAGUGCCAUCAAAUCUAGAAACCCAGUUUUUGAUAUGACAACCUCUAGCUCCAAAUACAACUGUCGACCAUAUCGUUAUCGGAAAGUAAGUAGUUCCCACUUGGUGAAAUUAGCACCAGACCUGCCCCCUGUAAAUCUCCCUCCAUCUGUUCGUGUAGUUUCUCAGACAGCCUUUAAAGGAUACCAGUGUGGAAGAUCUAAGAUUUACCCUUCUGGAGGUAGUGUUGCUUCUCACAGAAAAGAUCAUUCUGCUCCAAUUUCACCUGUUAAAAAAUAUGGAAGUGUUCAUCCAGUUAUGAGUACAAGGCUCACUGCAAAAGACAAUGGUACUGGUUCUCAGCUUGAAAGAUCUGUGACUGUAGGGGGCAGAUCUUCUGCAGAAAAAGGCCCUAGUAGUGAUCUUGAGAUGCAUCCUUUAUUGUUUCAAGCCACUGAAAAUAUGUCUCAUUAUCCAUUGAAAUUUAGUUCUGGUACUUCUAGCUCCUUCAGUUUCUUUUCAGGAGCUCAACCACAAUUAAAUCUGAGUCUCUUCCAUCGGCCUCACCAGCAAAACCAUGUUGAUGAUGGUUCUAAUAAAUCUUCAAAGUCAAAAGGUUGCACUUCAGGGUCCAGUGGCUUUGAUUUCCAUCCACUUCUGCAGAAAUCAAAUGACUCGCAAUUGCAAACAAGUUUUGAUGCCAUUCAGACUGAGUCACCAAUUCCUAGCUGUAUGCCAGCUAUAGAUACAUCUUCUAGUGUAAAUGAAAAGUCCAGUGAACUUGACUUGGAUAUUCACCUAAGUCAUGCAUCUGGAAAGGAGAAAUCUAUUGAAAUCAGACACUUAGAAGCAAAUGAUGCAAUGGGAUGUACAAUAAAUGCAACAAAUUGUGGAACUGCAGCAAAACCUUUAGAGACUGGUGUUCCAUGCAGUCAGGAGGGUGAAAAAAGCCCUCCAGUUAGCAGUAGCAAGCUUGUUUCAUGUGCUCAUCCCCAGCUGUUGGUUUCUUUUGAUAAUAUCAGCAGAUGUGACAUGGACGAUCUUGGUGAUAAUUCUCAUCCUGAGAUUGUGAUGGAACAGGAAGAAUUAAGUGACUCUGAGGAAGAAAUGGAAGAACACGUGGAGUUUGAGUGUGAGGAGAUGGCUGAUUCUGAAGGAGAAAAUAGUUCUGGCUGCGAACAACUUGUUGAGGCACAUGAUAAGGAAACCCCAAAUUCGGCAGUGGAAAAAGUUGCGACAGACACAGUUUUUACAGGAAAAUCAUCUGAACUCAGGUCCGAUUCCAGUACUCAAGCCGAUGAUAGUCUCCUCAUAGAUGAUACGUGUGCAUCAAAAAUGGCUGUGUCUAGUGAGGGAAAGAGCGACCAAAGUAGCACUGCAUGGUUGAGCUUGGACUCACUUUCAGCAGAUAAUGCUGUGCUCUCAAAGACCGUUCAUGAGGUCGGCAGAAUCAGCAAAACCAUGCAGGUGGAUGCAAUCGGUGACGCUCCAACUUCCCAAAACGUUGAAUUGUCUCCCGCUGGCAGAUGCGGCAAGAAGUCAAAAUCUUGCGGCAAAGCAGGCGCCGAGGACAGACAUGCUAUAGACAUGGUACAGCAGCUGCAUCUGGGACCUGUUGUCUUUGCCACCCCGAAAAAGCCCCGGAAGCAUUCUGGUAAAUCAAGAUCAGGUUUGAAUAUAGGAUUAACUGUUGAAAGUUCCAGCCAUGGUGAUAAUCACAGAUGAUUGAUUGAUGCACCAUCUUGACUAACCUAGGUUUUUUAGCAUUUGUCCAUAUUGGUAAUUUAGGUAUUAAUUAUCAUUUGUAGUUGUGACGAUAGCAAGUAAAUCAGAGCUCAAGUUCUGCUUGCGAAUGAAUGAAAAUGAUGCUUCGUACUAAUUUUCUUUUUUGCACUCCCCAAGUGGCAUUAUUCCUUUUCUUUGUAAAUAUGAAGCAAAAAAUUUAAUUUGGGCUUCGCUCAUGUACACUAAUCAUGAUGUACAGAAAUUUAUUGUUGUAACCCCUAGUUUGUGGUGAAAUUGAUUGAUUGAUUGUA